AUGAUAUGUAUGUGGGAACCGCGAACCCUCUUUCUGCUGCUCUCUUGGGGCCUGGCCCUGACCCACACCCGGGCAGGCCCCCACUCCCUGCGGUAUUUCCACACCGUCAUGUCCCGGCCCGGCGGCGGGGAGCCCCGCUUCAUCACCGUCGGCUACGUGGACGACACGCAGUUCGUGCGCUUCGACAGCGACUCGGCGAGUCCGAGGAUGGAGCCGCGGGCGCCGUGGGCGGAGCAGGAGGGACCCGAGUACUGGAAGGGGGAGACGUGGAACGCCAAACACGCAGCAAAGAAUUACCGAGUGAGCCUGAGCAACCUGCUGGGCUACUACAAUCAGAGCGAGGCGGACUCUCACACCCUCCAGCUAAUGUACGGCUGCGACGUGGGGUCCGACGGGCGCCUCCUGCGCGGGUACAGUCAGUACUCCUACGACGGCGCCGACUACCUCGCCCUGACCGAGGACCUGCGCUCCUGGACGGCGGCGGCGGGCACGCAGGCUUGGAGAACGCAGCACAAGUGGGAGCAGGAGAGUGCCGCUGAUCAUUACAAGGACUACCUGGAGGGGGAUUGCGUGCAAUGGCUCCGCAGAUACCUGGAGGACGGGAAAGACAUGCUGCUGCAUGCAGAACCCCCCAGAAGCCACAUCACCCACCAUCCCAUCUCUGACCAGGAGGUCAUCCUGAAGUGCUGGGCCCUGGGCUUCUACCCUGCCAAGAUCACCCUGACCUGGCAGCGUGAUGGGGAGGACCUGACCCAGGACACAGAGUUGGUGGAGACCAGGCCUUCAGGGGAUGGAACAUUCCAGAAGUGGGCGGCUGUGGUGGUGCCUUCUGGAGAGGAGCAGAGAUACACGUGCCGUGUGCAGCACCAGGGGCUGCCGGAGCCUGUCACCCUGAAAUGGGAGCCCUCUUCUCAGUUCACCAUCCUCACUGUGGGCAUCACUCAUGUCCUGAUUCUCCUUGGGACUCUAAUCACUGGAGCUAUUAGGCAAGCUGUGAUCUUCAGGUGGAAGCAUUCAGGUUUGCUCAGGAAAGACACUUUCACCGCCAUAAGCUGGGGAUGAACCUGGUUUCCAGGGUCACAGGUCAUAGUGACUGUCCCAGCAGAGC